AGAAUUGCCAGGCUUGUAUUUUUAUUUUUUUGUGCAUUCACUAUUUGCUGAUCUAGUAUCAUCUUGCUGCUCAGAGAUGUAUAAGUUCGCUAUUAUUGAUAGUUAAAUGAUUGUGUGUGCCUCUCAAUGUAUGAAUGUGGUGUGUGAUGCAGUCAGACAUGAUCCAAAAUUCUCAAUAAACGCCCAUCUAUCUUUCUUUGUAGACUUGCCUAAUGAUAUCUCACCUCUACUCCCAUGAAUUCACCUUUGAUUCCAGUGUGAACUGUGAAAAAAGUAAGGUAGUAAUUGCGCAAUGUAUUGAUGUACUGUGAUCCCCCUAGGACAAAAAGAGCCUCAUCUUAGAACAUCCUAUCACCUGUUCGGUUGCAACAAGGUGAAUGCAAAUGGAUGAUAAUCAGCGCAUUUUACCUCACAUGCAAAGGAGACAGUAUUUAAAAUUUCUGUUGACAUGGUAACUAACGGCAUUGUUCCACCAUGUUUACACCUGUUAGUUAGCUUGACCGUGAUACCAGUAGUUCUGGCACAUAUUCUAUUUAUAUGCAUUGACAUUUGUUAUGCAUCGUUGUCAAGUAAGUCGGACCUGAAAUAGACCUUACGUGUGUUAGUACUUUUACCCUUAAAUGUCUUUUCGUAGAUUAGUCUACUGACUCAUAGUAUACGUUGUUUUACAAAUCAUUGAUAUGGCUUAAAUGUGUAGUCAUGAUUUUGCUGAGGUCAACAGAGUAAGCUAUUGAUAACUUUGAAAUAUGAAUACUGUCUCCAUGCCCAAGUCUAUUGAUUCCGAUUCGUAAAUCAGCAUCUUGACUUUGCAUGCCUUUUAACACCAGUAAUAUUCAGUUUAUUUUCUUAUUACAAUUUAUUUAAGAAUUUCAUUUCAAGAUUUCAUUUCCAUGAAACAUUUAGUUAUUGAUUUCACCAAUAAGAAUAGUUUUCCCCUCAUGAAAUACAAGCCAAAAUGGAUCACCUCCAUUCAGCCGGCACUAAAAGAACAAACAUAGGUCAUUUAACAUGAGGCUGAACUAGUGGAUUUUUUCUUUUCAGUUUUUCUUGGGAGUCCAUAUUACUAAGCAGUGUGAAUCCCUGUUUGCUUCAGGGCGAGAUGUGUGACAGAGGUGGCAUCGAACUCUUACAUUCCAAGAAGGAAAAUGGGUGAAGAUCACUGGACUGGCACCAACCACAGGAUCUCUUUUAGUGGCUGUGGGCCAAGCAUGGCCUCAGUGGGCUUAGGAACAGAUAGUGGUAUUGGAUGAGAUCAAGUCCUCUAGCGCUAAUGGACAUGAGGAGCGCAGUAGUAAGAAGAAAAAGAGGAGCCACAGUAGGAGUAGUCGGAGCCCGAGCUCUGACAAGCGCAGAAGCAAGAGCAAAGACAGGAAGAAGAGCCGGGACAGGAAGAGGAGCAAGAGUCGGGAGAAGAAACGCAGCCGCAGUAAGGAGCGCCGCCGCAGCGGCUCCCAUAGCAGGGAGCGUGCCGGGCGCUACAGAGGACGCCGCAGCCCCUUUUUGGGGCCGAAAUUUAACGGUGGUCCAGGAGGGAAGAUUGGCCCACCACAUGCCAACAAACUAAGUCGUAGGCGCUCAAGAAGUCGUAGUCCCUUCAAGAAAGACAAGAGUCCAGUAAGGCAACCAAUUGACAACCUGACCCCAGAGGAGAGGGAUGCCCGUACUGUGUUCUGUAUGCAGCUGGCAGCCAGAAUCAGACCACGAGAUCUAGAGGACUUCUUCUCUGCUGUUGGGAAAGUGAGAGACGUGAGGAUGAUCUCCGAUAGAAACUCCAGGAGGUCAAAGGGCAUUGCCUACAUUGAGUUUCUGGAGGCGAAUUCGGUCCCAUUGGCCAUUGGCUUGACUGGACAGAGACUUCUUGGAGUGCCCAUCAUUGUCCAGGCCUCUCAGGCUGAGAAGAACAGAGCAGCAGCAAUGGCCAACAACCUUCAGAAGGGUAAUGCUGGCCCCAUGCGGCUGUACGUGGGCUCUCUGCACUUCAACAUCACAGAGGACAUGCUGCGAGGCAUCUUCGAGCCUUUCGGAAGGAUUGAGAGCAUACAGCUGAUGAUGGACAGUGAAACUGCACGAUCCAAAGGAUAUGGUUUCAUCUCAUUUGCAGAUGCAGAGUGCGCUAAGAAAGCAUUGGAGCAGUUGAAUGGCUUUGAGCUGGCCGGACGGCCCAUGAAGGUUGGUAACGUGACAGAACGCACCGACUCCUCCACCGCCAGCUCCUUCCUGGACAACGACGAGCUGGAGAGGACGGGCAUUGACCUGGGCACCACCGGGCGCCUGCAGCUCAUGGCCCGGCUGGCAGAGGGUACUGGUCUUCAGAUUCCUCCAGCUGCACAACAGGCUCUACAGAUGAGUGGUUCCAUGCACUCCUCUUCAAUCCACUUCGGCAACAUGGCAGCUGGUACAGACAUACAAGCCAGGCUGAACCCACCCCCUGAAGCUGUUGCCAACCCUGCCCUGAACCUGGGUCCAAGCAUGAACCAGGCCAUGAACCUCCCAACUCAACCACUGGCUACACACUGCCUACAGCUGUCCAACAUGUUCAGCCCACAGUCGGAAAAUGAGCCUGGUUGGGACAUCGAGAUUCAAGAUGACGUCAUGGAGGAGUGCAACAAACAUGGUGGAAUUGUCCAUAUAUAUGUCGACAAGAACUCACCUCAGGGCAACGUGUACGUAAAAUGCCCCACUAUCCCAACAGCGAUGGCUGCAGUGAAUGCCCUACAUGGACGGUGGUUUGCAGGUAAAAUGAUCACUGCGGCAUACGUACCCCUCCCAACCUACCAUAACCUUUUCCCUGAUUCAGUAACGGCCACCCAGCUACUGAUGCCUUCGCGGCGAUAAGUCUGCCAUGCAUGGAGUAGAUGUUGCAACGCCUGUGGGCUUCAAAAUGUACAUAAUGUUUGCUAAUAUGUUGGGAACUUAUUUACCAGAGUAGCAAAAUACUGCACCAGUCCACCCAAUCUUCAUUCAGAAAUACAAAAGGUUUUGAAGGAUAUUUGUUUUAUUGUUCAAUCUGACAGCCAUCAGGCUGAGCUUGAGUUCUGUAUCCGCACAUUUCUGUUGGUGCACUUGAGCAAAUUGCGUUGUGUGUUUCAACCUACAUUGUGAUAAGGAGUUGUUAUACAGUGGAAAGUGGGUACUAAGUAGAUUUAAGUUGAAACUGACCACAAAAGAACCCAUUUUGGGGACAACCCCACCUAAUUAACCUCUGAUUCUAAGUGCAGUUUGCUCUGUCCUCAUCAUUGUACGUUUUGUCAUUCAGUUCAGCUUUAGAAAUUGAUUUGCCCAGUAAGUUUUUCAGUUAGUGUUAAAUGAAAAGAACAAUGCCUACAAACACCCAAAAACAGAUCUAUUUUUUUGUUGUUAACAACUUCAAGGUAUUCAUUGUGUUUGAGAUCACUAAGUUUUUAACAUUUGUAAUCAAGACUUGAUUUUGUAAAAACUCUUGAUUUAAAUUUACUAUCAAAAUAAGUGAUUUGGGUGGUUCAAUGUGAUGUGCAUUUUGUCUUGUUGACAUUGGAUUGUUUCAUCUGGAAUGAAGGGGGGUGUGAAAUGUGUUUGUAAUAAAAUCCUAGUUUACAACA